CACCAGUAACAGCACCAAACACCGGCACCGGCAUUCAUAAACAAUUCAGUUGUUAAGCGGAUUCCACAAAGUGCAUAUUUAGCAGGCGAUUACGCGCAUCGCACACACAAUGAGAUCCACAAAUAUACUCAGCCUAAUCGUGGCGCUCUUGCAUAUCGCUGGUAUAGCAAAUACUGCGAAUAUUCUUAGUUUAGUGGAGGUGUUAACGCCGGAUCAACAAAUUUGGCACGACGCCAUCUACAAGGGCCUCAUCGACCGCGGCCAUAAACUCACAGUUGUAAGUGGCAGUAGAGGAGUUGCGGUUAAGUCACCAGCCAUUGCGCAAAUUCAUUUGGAGGAAGUAAAGCGAACAUUGGAUGCUAAUGAAUCGCCCACGUACUUUGCGAACACUUGGCUGAGUGCCUUUGAACGCGUCAUCCACUGGUACGAUAAACAGAUGAGAAUGUGCCAAAGUGUGCUUGCCUCCAGCGGACUACAGCAGUUAAUCGAAUUGUCUAGGGGAGCUGGAGUGGAAGAGCCAUUCGAUUUGAUUUUAUUUGAUGCAACGUAUGGGCGAUCAUGUCUGCUAGCGGUGGCACAGCUUUUCGGAGAAAUUCCGAUUGUGGCAAUUAGUGCAUCGUAUAUCACACCAGAUUUGCUAAAAGUUGCGCGUGGAGCGCAGAUUCAACCGGCUACAGUGCCACAUUUUACCACCGUUCACGACGAGCGCAUGAAUUUCUUGGAGCGUCUACACAACACAGCUGUUUACACAACAGCCAAUUUCUUUCGUCACUUCACUUCGGAGCGUGUUCAAGAGGCAAUGUUGGCCAAGAGCGCACAGCUACAGGAAGCGCGCAUAGCACUUACGCUGGAAAGCGUUAUUGAACGCGUCAAAGUGGUUUUGGUCAACAGUCAUCCGGCGAUCGACUAUAUACACGCACUGCCGCCAAAUGUUAUCGAAGUGGGCNAUGUAAAGUUUUUGGCUAAGCUUCAUUAA